GUUAUUUAUUUAAUUUAUUUUUUACUGGAAGCAAUCGGCAAAAAAAGGAAAAUUGGCUAUAUAACUGGUUCUUGCAGGGAUGGGGAAAGGGUAGACGAUGGAACGGGAAGAGAAUCGAUUUGAUACGCAGUCUUCGGUCUCAUCGGGGACUGAUUCUUGCCACUUUUCGCUCUUGUUCGAUCCAAAUCAAUAGAACAAGAACCAAACGAUCCAUUGUGAGCUACGUAGGUCCGUGAAACGCUCGGAUCGCCCAGUUUGAUUCGUUCACUUGCGCAUUCUUGUUGAUUUGUUUGACAUCUUGCUUGCUGCUUUGGGAUACAAUGCUGAUCUUGAAGUUUGCAUUUGCUUCUUCCACCGGUCCGCUAUGGAUUCGCAAAUUUGGGAAUUAAGAGCUUAUCGUAUAGCAUAUUAUUUUGAUGGUUUCUGGUCAUAUAUCCUAAGUAAUUUUGUUGUGCCCGAUUAAAUCCGUGAUGAUCCUAUAUGUAUCACUUUGCCGAAGUGGGGAUUGUAGAUUUGGUGUGUGCCAGAAUGGUAGGAGAAAACCAUUUGCUUCAAUUCGCUAUAGGGGAUCAGAUAUAGGAUAGUCUAUAAGCAACAUAGUCCCAAUUUUAUAGGGAAAGUUUCGUUAGAAAAUAGUUUGUAGUAGGAUUUAUAAUUGUCCAAAAGUGGGAACUGUUAUGAACAAUAGUAGUGGUUAGGCAAAACAACACCCACAUUGGAAAUAAUGGGGCUUUCCCAACUAUCAGCUGAACUGCCUGAUGAGUCAAAGGCAACAUCGAAUCCAUUUUUAACCAAUUCUCAAUUUGAUUAUAUUACUAGCUGCGCAUCAGGUGUUCCACUUGAAGGAAACACUGCUAGUGGUAGUUCUCGUGCUUGUACAUUCUCAUCCAUCGAUGAUUCUCAGAGAAAAACCAUAAUGGAUCUUCCAAAGCUCACAGAUGGCUUGUUCAAGUGUAGACGUGCCACCAAUGCAGAUAUGGAUAUUGAAUGCCUGAAAUUUGAUUUAACUGAUGCGAAUUUGCAGAUGCCUAUGAGAUUGGAUAACACUAGUCAGAGACCAGUGAUGAGGAUCGUUGGUUUUGAAUCAAGUCGUUUAGUUUCAUAUGUAAAUGGCUCUAAUAAUGUCAUAGAAACUCAAACUUCUGAUGCUCAAGAUGAUUAUGUCACCUCAAGGCCUCAGUUGAGGAAAAGGAUAUUAUCUCCUCAAAGUACCACAGUUAGUAAACACUUCCAUAGUGAUCCUAUAGAUGUUUCUUCUAGUAACUAUCAAAUUGAUUCACAUUGCUCAACUAGGAAAUGUAGCUUCUUGUCGUUCCUAAAUUCAAAGAAAACCAAUUUGGAGUGUGUUGAUGUGUUUCCAGUUUGGCCUGUUUCGAGUUUGACCAGCUCUUUAGAAACUAGUAAAGAGACUGCUGAUGUUCUUGUUGAUGGCCCCUUGUCUGAUAAAAAGGUUCCAUUUUUUCAUUGUGCGAAGUUAUCAUCAUGGGAAGCUAAUCAAAGCAAAGAGACUACAGAGGUGAGAGUCGAUGCUGGAGCUUACCAAGAAAAUGCACCCUCAAUACCACCAACCAUGUCGCCUCUUGGACGUUUAUGGUCUGAAAGAAUGAAAACUCCAAGAGUUCAUAGGAACAUCUCAAAAGAGGAUGAAAGUGACUUUUUAGAUUGCAAGUCCUUCGAGGCAUACAAUGCUGUAAGUGUUUUGACAUUAUCAUCUGAAGGAAAAUGUAGCAGAGCGGAUAGAUGUCCACAUGAAAAAACAUCGCCUGAUGGAAUAGAUAUUAGUCCAAUUAGAAGGUUCCAGACAUCACAAUGUUUGCGUCCUAGAUCUGCCCCUACACCUCAAUAUAUGAAUCAUGUUAAAAGCUUUAGAACGCCUCCUGUAAGGAGGUCUUUGGUUGGUUCCUUUGAAGAGUCUCUCCUAUCUGGUCGAUUUUCAUCAGGAAAAACCGGUCAGAGUUUUGAUGGUUUUCUUGCCAUACUAAAUGUGACCGGUGGCAACUUCUCACCACCACCUCAGAGACUUCCUUUCGCAGCCACUAGUAUAGAUGAUUACAACUCAAUGCUGUACUAUGCAUCAAUUGAUCUUGCUGGAAACUUGCCAUCAAACAAGGGAAGAGGCCCCAAGUUAAAACGAAGUUUGAGCAGUAAUGAAGAUUCUCAGGCAGCCAAAGGCCGCUUGCGUAUACCUAUGAAAGGCCGAAUACAACUGGUUCUCAGCAACCCUGAGAUGACUCCUCUUCACACAUUUUUUUGCAACUAUGAUUUGAGUGACAUGCCUGCUGGUACAAAGACAUUCGUUCGUCAGAAGGUCACACUGGCUUCUCAUACAUCCUCAUCUACUUCGAAAAAAGGAAGAGGAGUUGCUGAAGUCAAACUUCACUGCUGUUUUCAUGGUAACAAUGAUCAGCCGAAUGAGAUGGCAAACAAAUCAAAUGGCAGAUGGGAGAUUGACUCCAAGUAUCUAUUAUCUGAUAGCCAUUCGAGACUAUUGAAUCAGUUUGAUUCGGUAAUGAGUGACAAUCGUUUUGAGGACGAUGGCAAGUUGACACCUUGUCGAAUGGAUAUCUCUAGUUUAGCGAGAACCGAAUCUGCUCAUAGCUCUCCCAAGAUCAACAACAGGGGCACUGGUGCUCUUCGUUAUGCAAUGCACCUACGCUUCCUGUGCUCCCCUUACAGGAAAGAGUUGAAACUAAUACAUAGAUGUAAAUCUGAUCCUUCCUCACUUCCUGGUUGCGGCAGAAGCACUUCCAAUCAUGAUGAACGUCGCCACUUCUACCUCUAUAAUGAUCUUAGAGUUGUUUUCCCUCAGAGGCAUGCAGACGCAGACGAGGGUGAGCUGAGGGUGGAGCACCAUUUUCCAGCCAACCCAAAGUAUUUUGACAUCGGCAACUGAUAAGGUUCAGCAUUUGCCAUCUCAGUUAAGUUCGAUAUCGCCGUGCCCUUGUUCAUCCUGAAUCAACAGCUCCUUUCUUUGUAUUUUGUUGUUGUUGUUGUUGUUUAUCAUCCUUCCUAUUUGUACAGAAACUUGUUCAUUUAUUUAUGAAAUUUUCAUUCCAUCUGCUUGAUGGUUGUUG